UGCUCUAAACUUGUUCCCUCCCCCUUGAUAUGGUUAUAUUAAGGUGAAUCAUCUUCUAUUAGCAUCUGAUUUUACUGUAGGCUCAAGUGGAAUACAAUGAAAAUGCUGAUCGUGUUUUAUUUACUGCUGAUCCUCACAGUGGGGCGAUGCUCAGAUGAUCUGAACUUUGACAUGAAGACUGUUGGUGUUGGAGAUUAUGUGAAUUUGACGUGCACACGACAGUCAGUGUCAGAGUUCGGAGCAACUUUGUUUUGGAUCAGGCUAAUUUCUGGAAAUUUCCCUGAAUCAUUGGGCGGAACAUUUAACUUUGAUUAUAAAGGUGUUACCAAGCCACGUCGCAUGACAACAAAACAAGAACCUGGAACAUUUCUUCUGCAAAUUCAUGGGACAAAGCUCAGCGAUACUGGACUUUACUACUGUAUAAAAAUAAAUGAACUUAGCCUGACGUUUUUGAAAGGAACAUUUCUGAGGAUUAAAGGACCAGAACCUGAUAUCACUGCAGUCUUUCAAGUCCCUCCAUCUGAUCCAGUCCGUCCAGGAGACUCAGUGACUCUGCAGUGUUCAGUCCUCUCUGACUCUGAGAAUAAAACCUGUCCAAGAGAACACAGUGUGUACUGGUUCAGAGCCGGAUCAGAUGAAUCACAUCCCAGUUUAAUUUACGCUCAUGGAAACAGUGGUGAUGAAUGUGAGAGGAGUCCUCAGACUCACUCUCCACAGAAAUGUGUCUACAGCUUCUCUAAGAAGGUCAGCUCCUCUGAUGCUGGGACUUAUUACUGUGCUGUGGCCACAUGUGGGGAGAUAUUAUUUGGAAAUGGAACAAAACUGGAGAUUGAAGCCUUCAACUGGCAGGAUCCACUUCUGUUUCUGUUGUGUGCUGCUUUGGCUCUGAGUCUGAUUAUCAUUGCUUUCCUGAUUUACAACAUCAAGAAAAAAUCUGGCGGUUGUUACAACUGUAAGUUUCUUUAA